CGUAAAUAGCCAAGCGCAAAGCUCCCCAGACAAUCAGUCAGCUAGUGAGUGCUAUUCAGAGGACCAGAAGUUCUAUCAACAUGUCCUCCAUAUGGUGCAGCAGUCUAGGAGAACGGAAUCCGGUGUAAAUCCCAAGUCUCUCAAGUGUCAGAAGGGCUGCAGCCAAUCGCCUGGUUCUGAUCAGACUGUUCAGCCUGAUAUGGCUGGAGAAGGAGCUACAGAAAUGGCAGCAGUAGAAGCAGCAACCCCUGAAGGAGAGAGAUUGAAGCCCUGUGAAGGCCUCCUCCAAGACAACCAGGCAGGAGAACAGCUGGGGUCCAAUCCGGUUUUGAUGGAAGGAGCCUGCAGGGUUGGGCUUCCGAAAGUCGGAGGUGGAAUUGAAGAGGACAAAAACUGGUUGGUGCAGGAAAAAAAUGAGGACAGAGGCAGGUUGGAAGAGGAGCAAAGAAGUGUGGCAGAAGAGAGCAGGCAGUUUGAGGCUGAAAUUAACCCAAUAAAGCCAUGGAAUGUCCAAACUGGGGGGUCACAGGAGGAAAUAACCAACGUGGAAGAAACAAACAUGUAUUUGCUAGAAGAAAAACAGAUACGUAUUCAGAAUCUGCAGGAAGAACUGCAACAGCGAGAGGAAGAAGAGACCCAGAUGUUACGUCAGCAGAAAGAGUCUGCCCUCCCGUCACUGAAAACUGAGUUGGAGACGACUAGGCAGGAAGAAGAGAUCAAAGUAGAACUUCAACAACUCCACACUGAGUUGCAUUCUGAGAUGGAUGCAGGGAAGGAGAAGAUCAGGCUGGCACAAGAAGCUGCAUUGAACCAGCUGAAAGAGGAGCUAGAAUCUUUUCAGCAACGGGAGAGAGAAAAGCUCAAAAAGCAGAAGUGCCUUUCUCUGGAAAGGAUUAAAAAAGAGGCUGAAUUGGCUGAGCAGGCUGAACAGAUGGCGCUGGAGCAGGAGAAGCAGAGGGCCCUGGAUGAACUGAGGGAGAAGCUGUGCAGAGAAAAGGAACUGGCUCUGCAGGAGCUACAGGUGCAGCUGGCAGCAGAUAUCCAGCAACAAAAAACUGCAGCAGCAGAAGAGCACCAGAAGGUUAUUCUGACCCUCCGGAUGGAAAUAAUGGAGGCUCAGAGAAAAGAGAAAGCAGAACUUCAGAAGGAGCUUGAGAGUGUGGAGCAAAACGUUCAGCAAAAGCGACAUCAAGUAGCAGAGUAUGAGCGAGAGCUCAGUGAUCUUCUGAAAGAGAAGCGACAAGAGGUUGAGCGAGACCAUGCUAGAGAGUUGGAAAAAAUGCAGAAGAUACACCAGGAGACUCUAGCUAGGAUUCAGAUGCAACAUGAGGACAAGGAGAAGAAGCAGAAGGCCGAGCUGCUUGCAGGGCUGCAAGACGAGCUGGAGCACAUGGAGCUGCUCCAUAAGGCCCAGCAAGAGGCCUUGCGAAAGACACACACGGAGGAGCUGAAGGAGCUGCGCCAGAAGCGCCAGGAGCAGGAGAAGAAGGCCCAGGAUGCAGAACUGGAGCUGGAGCUCCGAGCACAAGACGCCCAGACAAAAGCAGCUCAACUUCGUGCCCAGGAGGAGGCCUGGAAGAAGAAAAGGCAGCAGGUCCUAGAAGAAGAGAAGCAGCUUGAAGAAGAAAGAAAUGAAGCUGCUUUGGCAGCUCAUUCCCGCCUUCAGGAGUCUCAAAAAGCACAGGAGAACCUUGAAGAUACCUUGCAGCAGCUGCACAGUGCUCUAGUGGAGCUCCAGGAUCAGAAAAUGAAAUUGGAGUCUCAGGUGGAAUUGCUGCAGAUACAGAGCCAACAGCUCGAGAGACAUACCAGUGAGUUGGAAGAGACCGUCAGGACCAAGCAAGAGCUGCUAAAGAAACUGGAUAAAGAAUGGAGUGAAGCAACUUCUCCAAGGGAAAAGGAAAAAGCGCUCCGAGUGGAAGACCUACAAGGGGAUGGUCCAGAGCCUUCCUUCAGAGAAAUGACAUCUGAAAUACCAAGAAGCAAUGAAGAAAACAGCCUUCUCCUGAACCAAGUACGGCACUACAUUUCCUCGGAGGGAGCUUCCCUGAAGACAGCGAAGGAAUUCUUGGUGUGCCAGACUCGUUCCAUGAGAAAAAGGCGAACAGCCUUGAGAGCAGCAAAGCAGCAUUGGUAUGGUGGUCUACAGGGAACGCCCGCAGUGCAAGAUUCAGGCCAUUCUCAGGUGUUAGAGGGAGUGCGCAGGAACCUGGAAGAGGAAGGGAGGCAGCUAGAUGAAAUGAAAUCUGCCAUGCGGAAAGGGCAGGAACUGCUGAAGAAGAAAGAAGAGAGGCUCAGCCAGCUGGAAUCCUCUCUUCUGGAAGAGUUUUCUGACGAAGAUACAAUCAAGGGAGUGGCCUGCAAGAAAAUGGUGACUUUUGACCUCAGUGACUCUGAAGACACAAGUAGCCUUAUGAGUGCUGAUCGGUCUCUUCACAAAACAGCUGACCUGAAACCGGAUGUAGAGUUUUCUCCCUUUGACAAGAUCCAGUAUUUGACUGAGUCACUGCAACGCAUCACCAGUGACCUGAACUGUGUCCUUCGCCUCCUGAGUACCUUCAGCAGCCAGCAGACUCUCUCCGCUUCCACCCAAGGCCAGUCACUGGCUCCACUGGCCGGGGAUGGAAUUCCUCUGGCUGCUUAUACCUCCCUGGCACGUGCCUAUUCGGCCACAUCGUUCGCACCUUCCCCCGGACUUCAGUCUGUCUGGUGCAAUUCCAGUCCCGGUUCUGCCACUGUGAGCAGACAGUCUGUGGACAAUAUGUUGAUGGAGAAAUGGCGCAAGUAUUUCCCAGGGAAGUUUCCAUUGCCCUGUGGGGGGCUCGGUGCUCAAGAUGACAAGCUGGACUCCUUCAUAACUGGCGAGCAAGUCUGCCUGUUCCAGCACCCUCAUUUUCAGGGCUCCAAGGCUGAGAAGCCAAACAUCCAGCGCAUGAUUGAUGCCAAUAAGAAAUGGCUGGAGAGUUUCAAGCAUGAUUGCAAAAGCCCUUUCUUGCCGAGUCCUUCGCAUUACUCCAGCAGUGGCUCCGGUUUGGUUCAGCUUGGGUUGGAUGAGAACAAUCAGAUCAAGAUCUACCACUUCUAGAUGGACAAAAAUCCUGCUUGUCUGCAAAAAGUUUACCUACCUGUCUAACAACAAUAUAUAUUAUUAUCUCUGUA